GAGUAGUAGUGUGGUUGUACGUAGUGGAGAACAUUUUCUACAAAAUUAUUGAAAUAGUUUUAUAUUGAUGUACCUACAAAUUAAUGGGAAGUGAAAAUAUUAUAUUGAUUGAACCAUUAUUACUUUCACAUUUUUUCAUAUAAUAUAAUAUGAGGGUACUUGACAUAUUUUAUUUACCAUUCAGGAAAUCAAAGAAAAUCAAGAAAAAUGAUUCUGUAUCCUUCAACUCAUUUCAAAAUGAAUCUUUUAGUGAUAGGUUUCCUGAUUCAAAAGAAUCAUCCAUGAAUAAUGAUAGCAACUCAUCAUUGAACAGUUCUAGCAUAAUGGGUGAAAGGUUUGUUAGAUUCAGACAAAAAACCAUAAAAAAGGAAUUACUGCACCCCAGUCUCUGCACAGUUCUGUUGGUGAUCAUUUCAUCAGUUCUACUCAUUGUAUUUCCAAUUAUUUACUUAUUGAACUGUUUUGAUGUGACUUAUGAAAGACUUUCAUAUGACUAUAACAGAUAUGAGCAAGUUGAUACUUCAAAACCACCUGAGAAAGUUACUACUAUCAGGGUCCCUCCAAAAUACCCACAACUACCUAUACCACCUAAGCCAGAUAAUGCACACUGUAAAAUACUUGAGGAUUCAGAAAAAUUUGAUUGCUAUCCUGAUGAUGGUGCCAAUUCUGAAACUUGUGAAGCUAGAGGUUGCUGUUGGUCACCCACAAAAAGUCAGAUGCCUACUACUUCAAAUGUUGGAGUGCCUCUCAAUGUGCCAUAUUGUUUUUACCCCAAUAAUUAUAAUACUUACAAAUACAUUAAUAUAAGUGAGACACAUUUUGGAUUGGAAGCCUUUUUGAAAAGAGAUUAUCAAAGUGGAUAUCCAGAUGAUGUGGAAAUACUUAAGAUGGUUGUGCAAUAUGAUAGUGAAACCAGAUUGCACAUCAAGGUUUUGGACCCCAAAACCCCCAGAUUUGAGUCUCCAUAUCCAGAAGUCCCUAUAGUUGACAUAGCAAGUUUGAAUAGGUCCUACAUUUUUGAGUUGAAUCCUGUCACUCCAGGAUUUAGGAUUAUAAGAAAAACAGAUAACACUACUAUAUUUGAUGCCAAUAAUUUUUUAAAUCUAAUAUAUUCUAAUCAGUUUCUGCAAAUAAGUUCAAAGUUACCCUCCCAAUAUAUUUAUGGUAUUGGUGAACACAGGUCCAAUUUCUUGCUCUCUACUAAUUGGUCUCAAUAUACCUUGUUCAACCAUGAUACUAUACCAACAGUCAAUGGCAUGAGGAAGCUGAUCGCCUACCAAAAAAUUGUGCAGUCUAUAUUUUUUGGACCUGAUACAUUCUGUAGGACAAGCAAAUGUCAUCUAAUCACAGAGCUCAGGAGCGAAAAAGCCUCUUACUGGCCAAUUGGUGGCGUAUUAGAUCUUUAUUUUUUCUUGGGGCCAUCUCCAGCAGAUGUUGUGAAUCAGUACACUGAUUUGGUAGGGAAGCCAUUCAUGCCGCCAUAUUGGGGUCUAGGGUUUCAUUUGUGCCGUUUCGGUUAUAAAACGUUGAAUAGGACAAAGGAAGUAAUGCAACGAAACAUUGAUGCUGGAAUACCAUUGGAUACUCAGUGGAAUGAUCUGGAUUACAUGAAUGAUAGCAAUGAUUUCACGUAUGACAAGGAAAAUUUCAAAGAUUUACCAGCUUUUGUGAAGGAUUUACACUCUAGAGGCAUGCAUUACAUACCAUUGAUUGAUCCUGGAGUCAGUGCGAGCGAACCAUCUGGGACAUAUCCACCUUAUGAUAUUGGGAUCAAAAUGGACAUCUUUGUCAAGAAUUCUAGUGGGCAACCUUUUAUAGGAAAGGAUGUUAAAAAGGUAUGGAAUAGAGCCUCCACAGUAUGGCCGGACUUCACGCACCCCACCACCGUCGAUUACUGGACCCAGAUGCUGAAUUCGUUGCACGAACAGAUAGAGUUCGAUGGGGCUUGGAUCGACAUGAACGAGCCCUCGAAUUUCCUGUCGGGGUCUUUCGACGGCUGCCCCAAUUCGACCCUGGAUCAGCCGCCCUACCUGCCGAAGAUCGACGGUGGAGUCAUCAACUACAAAACCAUGUGCAUGAGCGCCAGGCAGUUCGCAGGACGGCAUUAUGAUGUCCAUAAUUUGUAUGGGCUUUCCGAAGCUAUCGCUACUAAUUUUGCUCUCGCUUCAAUAAGAGCUAAAAGGCCGAUGAUUAUAUCUCGAUCAACGUUUGCUGGACAUGGGAAUUUUGCUGGUCAUUGGAGUGGUGACGUUUGGUCAGCCUGGGAAGACAUGCGGUAUACUGUUCCAGAGAUGCUGAGCUUCAGUUUAUUCGGAAUUCCGCUAAUGGGAGCCGAUAUAUGUGGAUUUAAUGGCAACACCACGGAGCCUCUAUGUAAUCGUUGGAUGCAACUUGGUGCUUUUUAUCCUUUUUCAAGAAAUCACAAUACUGAUGAUGGAAUUGAUCAAGAUCCUGUAGCAUUUGGCAAACAAGUAGUAGCUUCAUCUAAAAAGGCCUUGACGAUUCGAUACUAUUUAUUGCCCUACUUGUAUACAUUGUUUCACAAAGCCCAUGUCAAUGGGGAAACGGUAGCAAGACCUCUAUUUUUUGAAUUUCUGGAAGACACCAAGACAUACAAUAUUGACAGACAAUUUUUGUGGGGCCCUGCUUUAAUGAUAAACCCAGUACUUGAAGAAAAUGAAGAGAAUGUAACCGUUUACGUGCCGAACGGCAAAUGGUAUGACUUCUACACAAAAUCAGGGUUUUACAGUCCAGGCCGAAAUUUUGUCCUACCAGCACCUUUGGACACCAUUCCCUUGUUGAUCAGGGGUGGUUAUGUCCUACCAUGUCAAGCACCCAAUCAAACCACAACAGAAUCAAGAAAAUCUAAAAUUGAACUUUGGAUUGCACCAGAUCAGAAUGGCAAUGCUUCUGGAGAAUUCUACUGGGAUGAUGGAGAUUCUCUGAAAUGGCUAAAAUUAAUUAAUUUCACCAUUUCAGAUUCCUAUGAAGAGAAAAAGUAUUCCUUGAUAUCCUUUGAAAUGGGGAAUGCCGUUUUGAGAUCAGAAGUUUUAUUUGCCAGUAAUGAGAUGCCUCCGAAUUUGGGUUCAAUUAUCAUACUAGGAAUAGAAAAUUCAGUUACCAAAGUUACUGUAAAUGGUGAUGCAUACAAAAGUUUUCAGUAUGAUACCAUGAAUAAGUUUUUGGUAAUUGAUGAAUUGGACAUGGACUUGAAGAAAUCUUUUCUUAUCAACUGGAAGUGAAUAAUAAGUUGUAAUUUUAUUAUCACAUAAAUAUGGGAAGGAAUCCAUCCAUUUCAACCAUUAGCUUUACAUAUGAUGUGUCAUGCAAAUUAUGUAUUUUAUCCAAAGAUUUUAAUUGCGAAAUUUUAUAGAUUGUAAUUCAAGGUAAGUACCUGUGCGAAUUUGACAAAACCUUUGUGAAAGAAAUAGCACAUGAAAAUGCCCUGAAAACUACAAUAUUUGAUAUGGUUUGAGGCCUUCACACUCGAAUCGGUACUCGGUACUAUUAUGCAGUUUAAUAGAGCAGUCCAGCUGGCAUUGAGAGAGAAAAAAAGGUCUUUCCAUAUGUCAUUGUCUUCAGUGCAAAUGGGAAAAAAUUGAGAUCAUAUU